AUGGAGUCCGGAGAGCCGAGCCUGAGCGGGUGGAGCGGCUGUGUCCAGAGGAGGCCGUCUGACGUCAGCCCCGGUCACACUCCAGGCAUGACGGCAGGGAAGGCAGAUGCAGUUCUGGACAGUGAAGUUGUCCUGACCAAAAUGAAGCUCUUCAGGAACUUCAACGAGAAGCUCCAGACGUCCAACGACUCCGUGUCUACUGUCUCCACCAUCUCAAAUGGGGACAAGGACAUGUCGGACCCCACCACGGUAUCCAGGGAGGGUUCUCACUCUGAGGACCGAGGGCGUCCUGAGGCAGAGUCCGGCUCGGUCUACCUGUCGGCGAUUUUCUCAAAAGCUCAGCUCCCGCGCUUGUACAAGUUUGAGUCGGAGGACUCUGGAGUGGAGCUGCCCAGUGGGGCCAACUCUCCGUCCACUCCAACAGGAUCUGAGCAGAGCUUUGUGGUCCACAGCCGGGAGUCCUCCUGCGCCUCUGGACAGGGACCCCCAGACCCCCACUCCCUCCCAGAACAACUGGACCCUCUGACACAAACAGACACAGAAGCAUCAGGACUCCGACAGGAACAGUUUGGGUGUAGCAGCAGACCAUCAGAUCGAGGUGUUCAUGCCUUCAAAAGGAUUCAGAUCUUUAGGGCGGACCCCCAGGUCCCGCAGGGCAGUGGGAGUCCCACCAGGCCAGGCAAACACUGCUGCCGGGAAGCCUGCGAGGACGCUGUGGACAAUGAGCGUGAGGGGAGCGGCGCCGGCAGUGACGGCCUCGACGAGUACAUGGAGGAAUGCUGCAGACUCAGCGAGGUCCAGCCAGCCAUGUCCAGCCCUCUGGGCUCCGGUCUGGGUUACCUGGAGCACAUCUGCCAGCUGCUGGAGAAGAUCGGACAGCUGCAGGACGCCAACCUGCGGCUGCAGCGGCAGAUCUGUGGCCUGCAGAAGAACGGCCGGAAGGCCAGGACCAGGGAGGACUUCUUCCAGCAGCACUGCAGCUGUGGAGCGGCCGGCCUGGCCUUCCAGGACCUUCCCAGCAGACCCUCCCCCAGCGGGACCCUGUCAGACCUGAGCACCAUCCCGGAGGUCAGCCACUGCACAGGCGUGGACGGCGGGGGUCUGAGCGCCGUCCCUCUGUGGAGGCGGAGCCUGAACCGGAGGAGCUACACAGAGGGGGAGGGCUUCCUGAGCGGCGACUCUGAAGGACUGCUGACCCCCCCGUACCGGCUCGGGGAGAACGGCACCCUGGGCCGGUUCCGGGACCUCCUGCGGAGAAGCAGGCUGAGGAACCAGAGCCGCCUGGGACUGAGCUCCUCGUCCCUCAAGAUGUCCUGUCCACAGCUCUACAGACCUGAUCCUGGUCCAGAGGAAGCUGCUGGACGGAACCGGAGCUCCAUGAUGUCCCUGGACCUCCACAGAACCCUGGACGUGUCCUUCCUCCACUGAGCUCCAGGUCCUGGACCAGACCACUGGACACUGAGGAACCAGCGGAGGGGGGACAGACGGAGGGAGGACGGAGGAUGGAGGGAGGACGGAGG